AUGACCUGGGUGGAAGCACAACCAUGUGGUCAAACAAGAUGGUCCGAACUCAAAGAAGAGCUCAUGACCUCACCUGCGUUCUGUGUACACAAGUGGAUUCGACGAAGUGAUAACAUGGGAGCAGAUGUUGAGCAUGAGCUCGAAGAACCGAUGUACACCUACAUGUGGAUUAUGUUCUUCUCUGCCUUUAGCUGCAGCCUUUCCAAGGUAAUCGAACGUAAUUCAAAGGUCGAUCCUCUGGCAGUAGAUGGCUUACUAUCUCGAAUAGCUGAAAGCUCCAUGGAUGAAAUGACAUUUCGAUUACGACAAGCAUUCUAUAGCAUUGCUUUGGAAAAAUACUCGCGCACCUUACUGGCGGAGACUGGAGGAAUCAGCGAUUACGAAGAAUGGUUAUUGGAACGAUUUAUCACCCAGCUUGCAAGACUUUCUAUAAACGGCUCAAAAGUGACUAAUCCUGCUCGUUCCGAAAGUGUUGCUGAUGUCUCAGUGAAGCCGCAAGAGGGCCCAAUAUCGAGCUUAUUACUACCAUACUCUGACGAUGGGCAGGAGUCUCACAAGAUGAAGAUUACGUUGGAAACUUUUACAAAUGAGCCCCUUGUUGCACAUCAUAGAAAGUUGGUGACUGCAGACGAUCUGAGGAUGAUGGACUCACCGGCGUCUGCGAGUGAGAGUCAUGCAUCCUCGCUUCUAUAUCGACUACCUCUAUGGCAAAUGCUACUCGCUACGAUCUUUUCCGCUUUAUUCAUGGUCCUCAUCUCGAUGAUGCUCAUAAUGUGCGUCCGCGGGCGGAAGAAAAAAGCUACUUUUGCGAAAACACUGCCGCUCCCAUUCUCACUUCGAGACAGAGGUACCCAUGCUCUUCCAAACACUAGCAACACGCCUGGAUCACUUCUGAAUCGCCUUGGACAAUUGCACGCGACAGAGACAAUCGUGAGAGAACGAAAAGACGGAGAAGUCUGGAUGCGACCAUGCACAGCUCACAAUGCGCCCGGAGCGUUGCCGAGAGUCUAG